AUGACCUUCCCCGCGAUGAAAAACGAUCUCAUCCUGCGCGCGGCCCGAGGCGAGGAGACCGAGCGCGCCCCAGUGUGGGUCAUGCGGCAGGCAGGCAGAUAUCUUCCAGAGUUCCUCGCGGUGCGCGCGAAGCAUGGCUUCUUCGAGAUCUGCCGCACGCCCGACCUCGCGAUGGAGGUCACCCUCCAGCCCAUCCGACGGUACUCGGGCCUCGUCGACGCCGCGAUCAUCUUCUCCGACAUCCUCGUCGUCCCGCAGGCGAUGGGCAUGGAGGUCCAGAUGAACCCGGGCCCGCACUUCCCCGACCCGCUCGUGACACCCGCAGAUGUCGAGAAGCUGACGAAGAACGUCGAUGUCGACAAGGAGCUCGGGUACGUCUACGCCGCGAUCACCCGGACGCGCACCGCGCUCGCGGGCGAGGUCCCGCUCAUUGGCUUCUGCGGCGCACCCUGGACGCUGUUCUCGUACAUGAUCGAGGGCGGUGGCUCGAAGACGUUCCAGAAGUGCAAGUCGUGGCUCUUUAAGCACCCCAUCGAGUCCAAGGCGCUCCUCAACCGCAUCGCGGACAUCUGCAUCGACUUCCUCGUUGGCCAGAUCAAGGCUGGCGCGCAGCUCGUGCAGGUCUUCGACUCGUGGGCGGGCGAACUCACCCCGCACCACUUCGCCGAGUUCUCGCUGCCGUCGUUGCAGCGGAUCGCGACGGGCGUGCGCUCGAAGCUCGCCGCACAGGGGAUCCCCGCCGUCCCGAUGACGCUCUUUGCCAAGGGCGCGAACACGUCGCUCGCCGCGAUCGCGCGGACCGCCGGCUACGACGUCGUUGGUAUCGACUGGUGCGUCGACCCCGCAGACGCUCGCGCGGCGGUCGGCGACAAGGUCGCACUGCAGGGUAACCUCGACCCAAACGUGCUCUACGGCGGCCGCGAGGCGAUCGAGCGCGAGGUCAAGCGGAUGUGCGAGAAGUUCAGGGACGGAAAGGCGCCAAAGGCGUGGAUCGCGAACUUGGGCCACGGGAUUACGCCGGGUGUGGAUCCCGAAGAUUUGCGGUGCUUCUUCGAGUGCAUGCAAAAGUAUUCUAAGGCUUGA